AUGAAUGAAAUUAUUGAGCAAGUUGCGCAUGUUUUAAAAGGAAUUACUCUUAAACAAGGAAUUUCUAUUGAAACUCAAAUUGAAUUACCAAUUGAAAUUUUAGAAGAACUUCCUAUUGAAUUAUUUAAAGAAAAAGAAAAUGCUGUAAUUUUAAUAUUAUCUAAAUUACUGGAAAUUCUUCAGUCAUUUGAAAAACUUUCACUUUCAAUAUUUUUUAGAAUUACAAAAGUUAUUCAACGAUUAAUUGAUUCAUUAAGUAAUGAAAAAAGUGGAGAAAUAAUACCAGGAAUUGUUUCUCAAUUUGAGGUUAUUAGAAAUAAUGGAAGGAGUGAACAAGUCAUAGAAUGUAUGAAAAUUAUUAAAACUAUCAUUAUAAAAAGUUUUAAUUAUAUUUCAUCAAAUAACUAUCAUAGAUUAGAAAUUAUUAUUAAUAAAUGGUUUAUUCAAAAAUGGAAGUUACAACCAAACAAGGUUGGAGAAUUUUGUUUUGAACUUAUAAAAUCUUUAGGACAUUCAAUGAAACAAACUAUUAAACAAUUGAAAGAAGUUGGAGUUAAAGCUAAUCCAGAAAUGAUAACACAAUUAGAUGUAAAUGAUAAAAAUGAAAUAGUAGAAUGUAUAUUAAAUGAUAUGAUAGCUAUUAGUAAUUCAAUUAUUAAUUGGAUUAAUGAAAAAGUAGAAGAUAAAAUUGAAGAACAAAAACAAGACUCUGAUAUUAGGUAUAAAGGAAGAGAAUUAUUAAACCAAUUAGUUGCUAUUUCUUGGAAAGAUGAAAUAAUUAAAAGUCAAGUAAUUAUUUCAAGUCAAAUAAUUGGUGCAAUAGAAGUUAUUAUUUUUGAAAGAAAUGAAUCUCUCUUAUUGUUUCAGGAAGAUAUUGAAAGAAGAAUUAUUGACGAGAUUAUUGAAUUUAAUCAAAGAAGUGAUAAAUUAAUUAGUGUGUUAAAUAGAAGAAAAGGAAGUAAUGUAAUAAUCAAAGAAGAUAGUAAAUUGAAUAGAGAAAUUGAACAGAAAGUUAUUGAAAUUCUCAUUUCUAAAGGAAAAGAAAGUAAUGAAGAAAUAAAAGAUCAGAUUAUAGAAGAAAUAAUAAAAAGUAAAUUUAAAAGAAAUGCAAAAGAAUUACUUUGUCCAAAGAAAACAAUUAGUUCAGAACAAAUCAUUUCAAUUCUUCUUGAUUAUCAAAAUAUACAAGAAAUGAAAGAAAUUAUUCAAGAAAAUAAAAAGAAAAUAGAAAUUCAAGAAGUUAUUAAAAUUUUAAGUAAUUAUAAUUGGAGUGAUAUUAAAGAAUUACAAAUUGUUAAUAUAUUCAUUAAUGAAACAAAUGAAUUAAGUGAAGAAUUAUGUAAUGAAUUAAUGGAGAAAGUAAAUCAGAAUUUACCAAUAAUGAUAGAUAGUGAUGAAUGGGUAUAUUAUUUAUUUAUUUUAAUUAAAAAUAUCUUAAAAAAAUAUCCUUCUCUUCUUAUAGAAAGUGUUUAUAAAUUAAAUGAAGGACCAAUUAUUAAUGAAAAUAUUUCAAUGAAUAUUAACUCAAUGCUUAACAUAAUUGGAAUAAAUAAUAACCAAAUUCCAAUAAAGUCAAAUAAAGAAGAAAGGAAAAAAAAUAAAGAAAGAAAUACUAAAAUGAAUAUUAUUCUUCAAAAUUGUUUAAUUGGAUUAACUCAUUAUAAUUCUGAUAUUAAAAAUGAAGCAAUUUGUAUUUUAAAAAUGAAUAUUAAAUUAAUUAAAAAAGAAGAAAUUAUUAAAGUUAUGAAUAUUUUAAAAUUCACAAUUGAAACAGAAUUAGAAAAUGAAGAUUUAAAUGAAAUAUUAAUUAUUAAUAUUAUUGAACUUAUUAAUAUUUCUAUUAUAACACGUAAAAAAGAACUUAAUUUAUUUGUUGAACAUCUUUUAAGAAGUUUUGGUUAUAAACUUCUUGAAAGAAUUCUUUAUAUUGAAAGUACACCAUAUAAUAAAUUAUUUGAAAUGAAACAAAAAUUAUUUGAAAUGUUAGGUCAUGUUUUUAAUUAUUGUUUUAUUAAUUAUGAAAAUACAUUUGAUUUUAUUCUUUGUAUUAUUCGAAUGAUAAGUUGUAAACGAUUCUUCUUAUUACCAAAAUUACAACAAAAAAAUGAUGUUGAUAUGAUAGUAAUAUUAAUCAAACAACUAAGUUUAAUGAAUUCAGAUGUAUUUAAUAGUAUUGUAAUUCCAUUAUCUUUGAAAACAAAACUUAAUAAAACUAAUUUUGAAGAGCGAUAUUCUCGUAUUUUUCAAAUGCUUCUUGGAAUUGAUUAUAAAGAAAAUCAAUACUUUAUAACUCAAAUAUUAUCUAAAUAA